AGAUGAUAUAGCACCUUAUAGUUAGUAAAGUAUGUUGAACUUGUUGGUUUUACUUUCUUUUCUCAUCCCAACCUGUUAUCCCCAUCCACAAUGCAUUGAUACGCAAGCUCCAUUCACGCCUGAAGAGACGUUCAAUUUAUGCCUUGAAUAUCAAAACUUUGGUUGUUGCAAUGAUGAUGCUGCUAUUAAUGCAAGAUUCAAUGAGAUUAUGAAUUCUUCAUCAGUGAAUGAAACCAAUGAGUGUGUGAGCUUUAUUCAACACAUUCUCUGUCAGGUUUGUUCACCAUACGCGGCUCACUUGUACGAUGCAGAAGGAAGUUCAGCUCCCAAAACCUUCCCAUCCUUGUGCCCAACAUAUCUUAAUGAAUUCAACCAAAACUGCAGCCAUCUUACCUCACUUUUGACUCUUGACUCGCAGUCUGGGGUGAUUUCUUCCCAGAACUCCACAUACUGCUACCCUGAUACACUAAUCAGUGACACACGUACUACAAAUUUAGGAAACUUAACUUCUGACGCCAACUGUGAUGUACUUUGUGUACAAGAAGUAGCGAAUAAUUUUUACACGUCAACCUCUGCCAAACCCUCAAAUGAUGGAACACAUAGGAUGUUCGUUGUUGAGCAGAGAGGAGUUAUUUGGAUUUACCUUUCAAACUUUACAAAGGUUUAUCCUCCGUUUAUGGAUUGGAGACCGAGUGUGUUUGCUCGACCAAGAACAUAUGAUGAGCGAGGACUUCUAGAUAUCGCGUUCCAUCCACAGUUUCGUGAGAACGGUCGUUUCUAUAUUUACUACACAAGGAGACUAAGGAGGGGACACGGGACCACACUUAGUGAAUUCACAGUCUCUACAAACGACAUGAACAUGGCGAACGCAUCCAGUGAGAAAGUCAUAUUGGACAUCAGGCAGCCAGCGUUUAACCAUAAUGGUGGAAACAUAUUGUUCCAUGAAGGGUUGCUUUAUCUUUUCACUGGUGAUGGAGGAAAAGCAGGAGACCCAUGGGGAAAUGCUCAGAAUAAAAAAGUACUUCUUGGCAAAGCACUUCGUAUUGACGUGGAUUCAACGAACACAACGUACGACAUUCCCCAUGAUAACCCGUAUGUAUCCGACCCUAAUGUACGAGAUGAAAUAUUUGCCUAUGGUUUACGCAACCCAUGGAAAUGUGCCUUGGAUCGUGGAGACCCAACCACUGGCGCUGGUUUUGGUCGAAUAUUCUGUGGUGAUGUGGGCCAGGAUGAUUUUGAGGAAGUUGAUAUUGUUGUUAGUGGUGGAAACUAUGGCUGGAACCAAUUAGAAGGACACGCUUGCUUCAGGAAAUCUUGCAUCCGAUAUCCUGACAAUGUUGAACCCAUUCAUGUAUACGACCACAACGUCGGUCGUUCCAUCACAGGUGGUUACGUUUACAGAGGCUGUGAUUCACCUAAUCUUAACGGACUCUACAUUUUUGCCGACUGGUUUAGCGGUCGUUUAUUUUACCUUCGUGAGCAAUCUAAUGGUUGGAUUAAGCGUAACAUUUGCAUGGGAGGGAAUGACUAUUGUGUGGGGAACGGGUUGACGGGUUCUUACUUCAGAUAUAUUUCAUCAUUUGUUGAGGAUGAGAGGGGUGAGGUUUACUUUCUAACUACCAACCAACCAAAUAAAGAGGUGUUUGGUGGUAGAAUGUACAAGAUAGUUGAUCCAUCUAGAAGAGGAAGUCCUACCCAGUGCAACCAGCAAGUAGUUAACCCUGUUGUGUUUAAUGAAAACAAUACGUUCGAACAUUACCAGCCAAUAACAGAAAACUCCCUUGAGGUUCGUUUGGUGAACGACCGUGAUGGACAACUUAAACGAGGUCGGGUUGAGAUUCGUAAACCUGGUGGUGUAUGGGGGACGGUGUGUGACGAUCGAUGGGACGUGAAGGAUGCAAAUAUAGUGUGUAAGAUGGCUGGGUACAAGCGUGCGCGACGUGCAUUCUUAAGGGCUUACUUUGGCCGUGGAAGUGGCCCAGUGUACCUAGAUGACCUACGGUGCCGCGGAGGAGAAAUUUCAUUGCUCGACUGCGCGCAUACUGGUUGGGGUGUGGCCAACUGCGACCAUUCUGAAGAUGCUGGCGUUAUUUGUAUAUAAAGCUAAACUAUAAGCUGGUGUGAGCCAACUCUGCACUACUUUUAUUGUCCUUUGGUGCGUCACCUCUUACACAGCUUUUAAAGCCACGGACUAAAGUACUUUUUUUUAUAAAUUUAAAUCGCAACUGACUAUUAAUUUACAAUGCAAAUGUUGCUGACUUAUUUUAUUCUGUAUAGGCGGUGUCUUUCUUCUUACACAACUGCUUACUUGCCUGCCUUUUAAAAGGUUUCCUAAAAUUUCUGUUUUAAUUUCCCCUAUUGCGCUUAUGUAUCUAAUACCUCAGUUCAUUUAGAUUUAAAUUAGUAUUUCUUUCCAUUCUUGCCAAAAUGUUCCCUUUUCCGAAUCUUUGCCGCAGUAUUAAUCGGUGUUCGCAUUUUAACAGA